UUCCACUUGCUUGCGGACCUUUCUAUGCUUUGUCAUUUGUCUUCCCCAGCUCGCAUUUUUAAGUUGCAGAAGUCGUGGUGUCUACCAUCUCUACUUCUUUCGCUUCUACGAUGGCAAGCCAAUCGAAGAAGGAGAAAGGAUCUAUUCACGACUUCACUGUCAAGGAUGCUAGGGGAAAUGAUGUGGAUCUUAGCAUUUACAAGGGAAAGGUUCUGUUGGUUGUCAAUGUGGCAUCCCAGUGUGGAUUGACCAAUUCGAACUACACGGAGCUGAGUACGCUAUAUGAGAAGUACAAAGAUCAAGGUCUGGAAAUAUUGGCUUUCCCAUGCAAUCAGUUUGGUCAUCAGGAGCCAGGGACUAAUGAGCAGAUACUAGAAUUUUCCUGCACUCGAUUCAAGGCUGAGUUUCCAAUCUUUGAUAAGGUUGAUGUGAAUGGUCAAAAUGCAGCCCCCAUUUACAAGUUCUUAAAGUCAAGCAAAGGUGGGAUUUUUGGAGACAGCAUUAAGUGGAACUUCUCAAAGUUCCUGGUUGACAAAGAGGGGCAUGUGAUCGACCGAUAUGCUCCAACGACUUCUCCUCUUAGCAUAGAGAAGGAUAUAAAGAAGCUAUUGGGUAUCUCUUGAAAGUGCUGUGCCCUGUGAAUUGUGAUGCAGAGGUUUUAUUUCCCCCGCUAAAUAAAUAAGUUUCACAAUGGCUAUGCAGUUGUGCUGUCUCAGAUAUGAGUUGUACCAGAUUGUUUUCUAUUUAAACAGACAUUGAAGUUUCACACUGAAAAGUGCUGUGCCUGUGAUACACUUGCACAAGUUAUUGUCAACAGUAUUUCCUUCUGGUAUAUAUGGUAUCUAUAUCGCACUGAAAAGUUUUUUGUAGUA